AUCCAGGCGCACACCACAUCAGAGCAAGCCUGCAGCCAUGGGAAGCUUCAAGCUAUCCUUGCUCCGCAUUCUUCUUAUUCCCUUCCUCCUUGCUCCAAUCGUUGCCGAGGACCUGACGACAGCCGGCGACGGUGUGCUCCCAACGCUCAUCGAGCUACCAACCGGCGAUGAUGAGCUUCGAACGUUCAUCGUGCACGUGCAGCCGGCCGAGAACCGCGUGUUCGGCACCGCCGACGACCGGACGGCGUGGUACCAGUCGUUCCUCCCGGAGGACGGCCGGCUCCUCCACGCGUACCACCACGUUGCCAGCGGCUUCGCCGCCCGGCUGACCCGCCGGGAGCUCGACGCUAUGUCCGCCAUUCCGGGGUUCCUCUGGGCGCACCCGAGCGAGGUUUAUGAGCUGCUGACGACGUACACGCCCCGGUUCCUCGGCCUGGACACGCCACAGGGCGACGGCGGUGGAAACCAUAGCGCCUUGGGGUUCGGCGACGGCGUGAUCAUCGGCGUCCCCGACAGCGGUGUCUCCCCCGACCACCCGUCGUACAGCGGCGACGGCAUGCCGCCGCCGCCGGCAAGGUGGAAGGGGCGGUGCGACUUCGACGGCGCCGCGUGCAACAACAAGCUCAUCGGCGCGCGGUCCUUCGCGUUCGGCACGUCGCCGCUCGACGAGGCCGGGCACGGCACGCACACGUCGAGCACUGCCGCCGGGGCCCUCGUGCCGGAUGCCAACGUGCUCGGGCAGGGCCGCGGCACCGCCGCCGGGAUAGCACCCCGCGCCCACGUCGCCAUAUACAAGGUGUGCGGCCGCAGCUGCUCCGGCGACGAUAUCCUCGCCGGCAUCGACGCGGCCGUGGGCGACGGCGUCGACGUCCUCUCCAUAUCCAUUGCCGGCGGCGGGCCGGAGGUGCCGUACUACGAGAACCCCAUCGACAUCGGAACGUUCGGCGCCGUCGAGAAGGGCAUCCUCGUCAGCAUCGCAGCCGGCAACCACGGCCCCGGCGCCAGCACGCUGUACAACGACGCGCCGUGGAUGCUCUCCGUCGCGGCGAGCACCGUGGACCGCCUGAUCGGCGCCCAGGUGCGCCUCGGCAACGGCCUCUCCUUCGACGGCGAGUCCUUGUACCAGCCGGACAUCUCGCCGGACGUCUUCUACCCGCUGGUCAACGCCGGCGCCAGCUGGAAAUACAACGCUCAGUACUGCGGCGCGGGCUCGCUGGACGGCCUCGACGUCGAGGGCAAGAUCGUGCUCUGCUACCGCGGCGGCGGCACCGGUCGGGUUGCGAAAGGCGAAGUGGUGAAGCGAGCCGGAGGCGCCGGCAUGAUCCUGGCCAACGGGGCCUCCGAUGGCUACAGCACGUUCGCCGACGCGCACGCCCUCCCGGCCUCGCAUGUCAGCUACGCUGCCGGCGAGGCCAUCAAGGAGUACAUCAGCACCACGGCGAAGCCGGUGGCGAAGAUCGUCUUCCGGGGCACCGUCCUCGGCGCGAAGCCGGCACCGGCCAUGGCUUCCUUCUCGUCGCGCGGGCCCAGCCUGCGCGUCCCCGGCAUCCUCAAGCCCGACGUCACGGGGCCCGGCGUGAACAUACUGGCGGCGUGGCCGGUCCAGGUCGGCCCUUCGUCGGCGGCGGGCUCCGGGCCGGCCUUCAACUUCCAGUCCGGCACGUCCAUGGCGACGCCACACCUCAGCGGCGUCGCGGCGCUGGUCAAGAGCAAGCACCCGGACUGGUCGCCGGCGGCGAUCAGGUCCGCCAUCAUGACCACCGCCGACCCCAACGACCUCUCCGGGAACCCGAUCGUCGACGAGCACCACCAGCCGGCGAGCUUCUUCUUGACGGGCGCCGGCCACGUCGACCCGGACAAGGCCGUGGACCCCGGCCUGGUCUACGACAUCGCCACCGCCGACUACGUCGCCCACCUCUGCAGCGUCUACGCGAGCCGGUUUGUGUCCGUCAUCGCGCGGCGCAACGUCGACUGCUCGGCCGUCACUGUGAUCCCAGACAACGCGCUCAACUACCCGUCCAUCUCUGUCUCGUUCCCGCCGGCGUGGAAAUCCACUGCAGCCGUAGUGGAGGUGCGCCGGACGGCGAGGAACGUCGGGAAGGCGCCGGCGGUGUACUACCCCUACGUGGACCUGCCGUCGGGCGCAGCGGUGAGCGUCACCGUCACGCCGAGCUCGCUGCAGUUCACCAAGGUGAACCAGGAGAAGAGCUUCACGGUGUCCGUGUCCCGAGGUAAGAGUGGUAAGGGGGAUGUGGUGCAGGGCGCGCUCCGGUGGGUGUCCGACGAUCACACCGUCAGAAGCCCCAUCUCCAUCACAUUUGAAUGAUCCCAUCCCAUAGUCGAAGAAGAGUACGAUGAUGCUCUUGGUUGAUCCUUCCACCUAAUAACAAAUAAAAAUUUCGCAAAAAAGAACGUAAUAAAUAAAAAAAAGAGGGUGCUCCCUCUUCGUGCAAACUUGCUUUCAUUUCAUUUCACUUCAGUCACCAGUUUAUGAACGUAAAUGUUUCAGUCGCUGAACAAUGGCAAUAAAAAGGAGGGAUCUUUGAUAUUUGAAUUUCCCUAAA